AUGUUUGUGUGUGCAAUGAAAGCAGGGUCCAGUGAGGAGGAGGAGGAGGAAGAUGUUAUGGAUAUACUUCAGAAACGACGGGAAGAAUGCGAGCGCAAGGCAAGGCGGGGGGAGAUGGACCCCCGGCUGGAGUUCACCUUCCAGCUGCUCAUCGAUGGUACCGGCCUCCCAAGACACGCUAUCAUGGAUCACGUUUUCGAGGGAAACAUGCUCGACGAUAUCAAUCAGCUGUUUCUACCACACAUGAGGAACAAGCUCCUUUGGUACUACCAAGACGUGGAAGAGGUUGAACAACGACCUCCCGUCGAAGGCACCAAGCCAAGACAACAAGGGCAGGGUAAACAGCCGCCGCCUCAAGUUACUCUCAAGAAGAAACUUUUCCUAUCAGAUGGCUGGGAUGUGAGGUUCACUGGGAUAUGUAUCUACAUGUUCAGAAUAAAUGUCAGCAAACAAUUGCCUGAGGAAGGAUUCCACAAAGAUUUAUUUUGCGGAGUUUUGAACGCUGAGAAAGUUGGUCUCGUGACGGCGAUAGAACGAGUCAUGGAGCACGUGUAUAUGAGUGCCCUGGCGCACCCGAGCAUGUGUGAGGAAGUAUGCAACCAAGUGAAUCUAUUCGACGAUGGACAGAUUUUGAUGACUGACGUCCAGGACCCCAUCCAACUGAAGGAAAUGACUAAGAACCCUACCACUAUUACUAUGCUCGAGGAGAGGGUUAACGAAUGGAUCAAGAAAGUGAUGGAGAUUUUAAGCGAGAGCGAACAGCUACGCCGGGAAGUGGAUUCUAGUGGGCCCCAGGAUGAGCUUGAGUACUGGAAGAAACGUGGAGCUCAGUUCUCGCAACUCGUCUCUUACUUGCAGGACAACGAAGUACAGCUCACGCUAACGUGUCUCCAGCUAGCCAACUCUAAAGUAAUUCGCUUCUGGCGUGACACAGAUCAUAAGAUCACUUUCUGCUACAACGAAGCCAAAGACAAUGCCAAAUUCAUACAGGCCAUGGAGAAAUGUUGUCAUUCCUUGUAUUUAGACGAUCCGGUGAGAAUAAAAGAUUCAAUACUGAGCCUGUUGCAGACUGUGAGAUUGAUACAUAGUGUGUCACAGUUUUAUAACACUUCCGAGAGGAUUUCUUCGCUUAUGGUGAAAAUAACGAAUCAAAUGAUAGAAACGUGCAAACAGUACAUAACGUGUCGUUUCAAAGAGACAAUCUGGUCGCAAGAGAGGUCUUUAGUUCGCGAUAGACUGACUCACUGUAUCAACUUGAAUAAGACGUACAGAGAAACAUAUCUUUUUGUUAAAAACCAACCAUUUUUGCCGAACACUGAGCAGUUUAAUUUUUCUGAAAAUUACGUGUUUGGGAAGUUCGACACGUUUUGCAAGAGACUGCACAAAAUUAUAGCGAUGUUCGACUUGAUGGACGAUUAUAAUCAUCUAUUUGCAAAGAGAAUGGAAGGGCUGUUGCUUGGAGAAGACUUGGAGGAAGCAAUUCAUACGUUUGACGAAGCAAAAAAAGCGGUUAUAACAUGCCAGUAUGAUUAUCUUGACUAUCGCAACAAUGAAUUUGAUCAAGACUAUCAGAUCUUUGAAGAGAAAACAAAUACGUUGAAAGAGACAAUCGGGAACACUAUAGAAGCUAAUUUCUCUAGCGUUUGGGAAACUCCUCAGGGGAUUAAAUUUUUGACCAGAUUUGAAAAGGUUAGUGAAAAGAUCCAAAUAACAAAACUAAACGAGAAAUACGAUCGUGUCCUGAAAUACUGCGAAAAAGAAGUGGAUAAGAUCACGAAAAUGUUCAAGAAACAGAGGGAAGAUCCUCCUUUGCCCAGGAACUACUCUCCGGUAGCUGGGCGCAUAAAAUGGUCUCGCUGUCUAAUGCACAACAUGACCGAGACAGUGGAAAGCGUGUGCGCACAUCCCGUGUUACGUAACUUACCAGCUGCCGGCGACAUGAUGCGGAAGUACUCCAACACCAAACAGUUGAUUGAAACAUACGAAGAGACCAUGAGAGCCGUCUGGAUGAAUCAGAAUCUAUGGGACGUAGAUGACAGCCUGAACAACACAUUGCUGCGAAUCGACGGUAAUGGUCGUAUUGUGGUCAACCUGGACCACACUGUGCGUUUGCUAAUCCGGGAAUCCGAUUGCCUGGUUAAAAUGGACGUCCCAUUGCCCAUCGUUUGCCAUUCGCUUUAUGCGAAGAAAAACUACUUCACUCUUGUCAACGAUUCCUUGCAGUUUCUACUGGAGGACUAUCUUCGCACAGUUCGUCGAGUUAAACUAGAAGUUCGCCCUCUCUUUCUACCGCAAGUAGUUCGUUUAUCGUCCCUCCUGCUCCCCGCGCUGCGCUCCGUGACAUGGACCAGCGAAGAGUGGAAAGAAUUCAUUGAGAAAGCGAAUUUAGCUAUCAAGAGCUUUGAUGUCCUGGUCACUAGAGUUCAUGACAUAUAUACAAAUAGGAUCAUCUAUAUGCUAAAUGGAAUGCAAUAUAUUUCAUUGAUUACUUUGCCAGAAGAAACUCCGUGGUCUAUGGAAGAUUUUCUGGAAAACGUUGAGAGUGGUUGCCGCAACGCCUGUGUGGAGUUAAACCGCAAGAGUCUUAUGGUGGAGGAGGCCGUGGAGGAAGUACUGGACCUGGUGAGGAAAGCAGCGCAGCAAAUCAAGCCUACUGAAAUCAACCCGGACUUCGAAUUCCUUAUCGCUGAAGAUGAAAGCCAUACAGGCAGCGCCCCUGCAUCAUCAUUGAGCGAGUCUACAUCAGGCGGGCAGCAGGACUGGUCUGCCGUCUGGGAAUGCUUCGAAAACCCUCAUCGGCUCCUGUCUACUCCGGCUGGAGGCUUGUCCAAGAGUAACCAGGAAAUGGUGAAGAACGCAGUGAACGAAAUGAGACGGUACUACAGUCGCAAGGUAGUGGACGUAUUGAUCAAAGUAACGCGGCGCACUCUUGACCUCAUCAUCAAGCCGUUUUCAGCCGAAGCCCUUAUCAGCACCGAUGAAGAAGAAAACGUAUUCAAGAAACCUAUCUUCCUGCUUCAAGUCGCGUUGAUGAUUCCCAACGUGUCUGUAAAACCAACACUGGAAGAAAUCCAGGAGGCGCUCGUGGCCGCAGGAAAGCAUAUUGUUGGUCUUUCCAAAGGAGUCGCCCAAUGGAGCGGGGGCAAGUCACCGACGGUCCAAUCAGUGACGACGACGAACCUAGCGAUGGCCCAGAAGUCCCUCAAAGUGAUGGAAACAGCAAAGACGAAGCGUAAGAAACACUACAGGCUGGAAUCCGAAGAGAAACCAACGUUCCCUUUUCAACAGAAAAAUUUCUACAGUCACAUAAUGGAGAAUAAAGAGAUUGUCAAGACUCUGUCACUACUGUCUACAUGUACGCAGAACAUAAAAACGGAACUGAACAAUCUAGUAAAACGUUGGCGUCCAUACCACUAUCUGUGGAAGUGCGAAAAAACUCUAAGGCAACUUUUGGCAUGGAACCUUAACGAUUUUGAGACAGCAUUGAAAAGACAUAGCGAACUGGAAGCUAAACUGGCUACGGAACCUGACAUUCUUGUCAUAGGCAGCUGUGUAGCAGUGUCUACUGAAAAGUUGAAGCUGGGAUUGAUGACGGAACUCAAAAAUGGAACACACAGAAUAAGUCAAGCUAUGCGCAAAAAAUACAAACGAGAGAUGGAUUAUGUAUAUGCUAUUAUGAACGAUCUAGAGCGCAAGCUGGAAAGACCAAUAAGAGACUUGGAUGAUGUUAGAACUGUAAUGGAAACCCUCAAAAAGAUUCGAGAGCAAGAAGUUGACAUGGAACUUAAAAUUGAUCCUGUUGAGGAAGCGUUUAACGUCAUAACUCGUUACGAACUUCCUGUAAACAAAGAAGAUCUGGAACAAGUAGAUAACCUUCGAUACAGCUGGCAGCAGCUACAAGCCACGGCUCUAGCGUCUCACGUUCAGCUUCUACGUAUGCAACCGCAGUUCGAAGAAGAUCUGAAGAAUAACUUAGAUAAGUUUAGAGAAGACAACGCUGACUACUGCCAUGAGUACAGGCAUGCUGGACCUAUGCAGCCAGGUUUGAGUCCGAGAGAGGCAUCUGAUCGCCUGAUACUCUUCCAAAAUCGUUUUGAUGGAAUGUGGCGAAAGCUCCAAACAUACCAAAAUGGUGAAGAACUGUUUGGGUUACCUCACACGGAAUAUCCUGAACUGGCCCAAAUCAGGAAGGAGCUGAACCUACUGCAGAAGUUAUACAAACUGUAUAAUGACGUCAUUGACCGUGUUAGCAGUUACUACGACAUUCCGUGGGGAGAGGUCAACAUUGAAGAGAUUAACAAUGAACUGAUGGAAUUCCAGAAUAGAUGUCGUAAACUUCCCAAAGGUCUGAAAGAGUGGCCUGCAUUCUUCGCAUUAAAGAAGACAAUCGACGAUUUCAACGACAUGUGCCCUCUUCUGGAGCUAAUGGCGAACAAGGCCAUGAAACCUCGACACUGGCAGCGCAUCAUGGAGGUUACGAAGUACAUUUUCGAACUGGACAAUGAAGACUUCUGCCUAAAGAACAUCUUGGAAGCUCCAUUACUGCCGAACAAAGAAGAUAUUGAGGAUAUCUGCAUAUCCGCGAUGAAGGAAAAGGACAUCGAGGCGAAACUGCGGCAGGUGACCAACGAGUGGUCGGUACACGAGCUCACUUUCCAGACAUUUAACAACCGCGGGGAGCUGCUCCUCCGGGGUGACACCACAGCUGAGACCAUUGGUCAACUGGAGGACAGCCUCAUGAUCUUAGGAUCGCUACUUUCUAAUCGGUACAACGCGCCGUUUAGGAAACAAAUCCAGCAAUGGCUUUACGACCUGCAGAGCACAAACGAAAUUCUCGAACGCUGGCUGCUAGUCCAGAACAUGUGGGUCUAUCUAGAAGCUGUGUUCGUUGGUGGCGAUAUCGCAAAGCAACUUCCGAAGGAAGCUAAACGUUUCUCAAAAAUCGACAAAUCCUGGCAGAAGAUUAUGCAACGCGCUCAUGAGACACCAGGUGUAGUCUCUUGUUGUGUCGGCGACGAUCUUUUAAGGCAACUUCUACCACACUUACAAGAACAACUGGAGCUCUGUCAGAAAAGUCUCAGUGGUUAUUUAGAAAAAAAAAGAACGAUGUUUCCAAGAUUUUUCUUCGUGUCAGACCCGGCUUUGUUGGAAAUCCUUGGACAGGCCUCUGAUUCGCAUACAAUACAGAAUCAUUUGCUAUCUAUAUUUGACAACACACGAUAUGUGAAAUUUCAUGACGUAGAAUACAACAAAAUGAUAGCUAUCGUGUCCUCGGAAGGUGAAGAGAUUAACCUUGAACGACCAGUACGCGCCGAGGGCUCCGUCGAGACUUGGCUGACGUCGCUGCUCCAAUCCGCUCAAAGCAGUCUCCAUUCCAUUAUCAGAAAUGCUGUUUCUAUACUCAAUGAUCCUUCCUUCAAUCUGCUGAUGUUCCUCGAUAAAAUGCCUGCCCAGAUAGGCCUUCUAGGUAUCCAGAUAAUCUGGACACGUGACGCGGAGCUAGCGCUGAUGCAGGCGCGGCAAGACAAGAAGAUCAUGAUUGAAACCAACAAUAAGUUCCUUGAGCUGUUGAACACCCUGAUAGACCAGACCACUAGAGACCUUCUCAAGAUAGAAAGGAUCAAAUUUGAAACUUUGAUCACUAUCCACGUACAUCAGCGGGAUAUUUUUGAUAUGUUGUGUCGCCUAAACGUGCGUACCGCGAACGACUUCGAGUGGUUGAAGCAGUGCCGUUUCUACUUUAAAGAGGAUGCCGACAAGACGUGGAUAUCGGUAACCGACGUCACCUUCACCUACCAGAACGAAUACCUGGGUUGUACGGAGCGGCUGGUGAUCACGCCACUCACGGACAGAUGCUACAUAACGCUGGCCCAAGCCCUAGCAAUGAGUAUGGGAGGCGCGCCGUGUGGGCCAGCCGGUACCGGCAAGACAGAAACCGUCAAGGACAUGGGCAAAACCCUCGCCAAGUAUGUCGUCGUCUUCAACUGCUCAGAUCAAAUGGACUACAGGGGUCUGGGUCGUAUCUACAAAGGGCUGGCACAAUCAGGCUCGUGGGGCUGUUUCGACGAGUUCAACCGCAUCGAGCUCCCAGUCUUAUCAGUGGCCGCACAGCAGGUGGCCGUAGUUCUCUCUGCCAAGAAAGAGAAGAAAAAGACCUUCGUCUUCACCGACGGUGACACUUCCGAGAUGUGCCCAGAAUUUGGCAUCUUUAUUACUAUGAAUCCAGGCUAUGCUGGUCGUAAAGAACUUCCCGAAAAUCUCAAGAUCCAAUUCCGGACUGUCGCCAUGAUGGUUCCGGACCGUCAGAUCAUCAUCAGAGUGAAAUUGGCCUCGUGCGGUUUCCUCGAAAAUAUCACGCUUGCGAGAAAGUUCUACACUUUGUACAAACUUUGUGAAGAACAACUUACGAAGCAGGUGCACUACGAUUUUGGUCUUCGAAACAUCCUCUCAGUGUUGCGGACGCUAGGGGCCGUAAAAAGAGUCAACUCCAAAGACAACGAGAGCACCAUAGUGAUGCGUGUACUCAGAGACAUGAAUUUAUCCAAGUUAAUUGACGAAGACGAACCUCUCUUCAUAUCACUAGUCGCUGAUCUUUUCCCUAAUCAGGCUUUGGAAAAGACUACGUAUCCCGAGCUGGAAGAAGGUAUAAGGAAACAAGUUGAACAGACAGGACUCAUUUCUCAUGCACCAUGGAUCCUCAAAAUUAUUCAGCUAUACGAGACGCAGCGCGUGCGUCACGGCAUCAUGACUCUCGGUCCUCCCGGCGCCGGCAAAACCACCUGCAUUCACACACUCAUGAAUGCAUUAUCAGAAGUGGAAGAUCCUCACAGAGAGAUGCGUAUGAACCCUAAAGCUAUAACAGCAGCACAAAUGUUUGGACGCCUCGACGUUGCGACGAACGAUUGGACUGACGGAAUUUUCUCAGCUCUCUGGCGCAAAACUCUCAAGAUCAAAACCGGAGAGCACAUUUGGUUGGUGCUCGAUGGGCCAGUUGACAGCAUAUGGAUCGAAAACUUGAAUUCUGUCCUAGAUGAUAAUAAAACACUGACAUUGGCCAAUGGUGAUAGACUGACUAUGUCUCCAACGUCAAAGAUUAUUUUCGAACCAGAAAACAUUGAUAAUGCAUCUCCGGCUACGGUGUCUCGUAAUGGAAUGGUAUAUAUGAGUUCUUCCGGCUUAGAUUGGAGCCCAGUACUCCGCGCAUGGCUUAAGACUCGCUCGUCACGAGAAAACGAAAUUUUCGAAGAUCUAUUUGAACAAACAUUUCCCAUUGUUUACACGUGGUGCACACAGAACUUAGUUUUCAGCAUGCGCGUGCUCCAAAGCAACAUCAUCUUACAAAUGCUAAAACUCCUCGAAGGAUUAGUACCGCCGCAGAUCGAAAUACCCGAAGAACCAUCUGCCGGCAAGUCAAUCAAUGGCGACAUUGACGAAGAUGAAGAAAAAGAAAAAGUCGAAGAAAUAGUUCUAUUUACUCCAGAACAUUUACACAAAAUCUACGUUUUCACUCUUAUAUGGGGUUUCGGCUCUCUCUUAGAAACGAAAGAUAGAAUCCGUUUUGACACAUACUUGAAAGCCAAUUUCUCUGAAGUACUAGAUAUGCCACAACAUCCCAACAAUAAACCCAGUAUUGUUUUCGAUUUUUACGUUAAGCACCCAGGCAAAUGGGAGUUAUGGGAUGAUUUAGUGACGAAUUAUGUUUACCCUGAUACAGCAACUCCAGAUUAUUCCAGCAUUUUGGUCCCAAUCGUGGAUAACGUUAGAAUAAACUACCUAAUACAUUGCAUCGCGAAACAAGGGAAAGCAGUGCUGCUUUUGGGAGAGCAAGGUUCAGCCAAGACAGUUAUGAUGAAGGCGUACAUGAAAAAUGCAAACCCCGAACAAUUUAUGGGCAGGUCAUUUAACUUUUCGUCGGCAACCAGCCCUUACCAAUUUCAAAAAACUAUAGAAAGUUAUGUGGAGAAACGUAGUGGCAUGACAUUUGGCCCUCCUGGCGGAAAAAAGAUGCUGGUGUUCAUUGAUGAUAUCAACCUACCCCAGAUCAAUGAGUGGGGUGAUCAAAUCACAAAUGAAAUUGUGAGACAAACCAUGUGUAUGGGAGGAUUCUACAGUUUAGAGAAACCCGGAGAUUUUACAACUAUUAUAGACAUACAAUUUUUAGCCGCUAUGGGACAACCAGGUGGUGGUCGAAACGAUAUACCAGCUCGACUUAAGCGACAGUUCGCAAUCUUUAACUGUCCACUUCCCAACAAUGAUGCUAUUGACAAAAUAUUCAAAGUAAUCGGCGAAGGUCAUUACAAUGCUAAGCGUGGUUUCACUGUGGACGUUAGGAAUCUUAUAAAAAAAGUAAUACCAUUGACUAGGGAAUUGUGGAUGCGAACCAGGCUAAAUCUAUUACCUACUCCAGCGAAAUUCCAUUACGUGUUUUCCUUGAGAGAUCUUUCAAGAGUCUGGCAAGGAAUGGUCGGAACCCUGCCGACUGUGAUUGAAUCAGAAAAAUGUCUCAUGCUGCUAUGGAAGCACGAAUGUUCAAGGGUGUUUUCCGACAGAUUCACGCAUCAAACGGAUAAAGACUGGUUUAAUAAAUCUUUGUAUGACAUUGUAGAAGGAAUUUUAGGAGUUGAAUACAAAAAAAUGAUGGAAAAGGAACCAGUUUUUGUUGAUUUCAUGAGAGAUGCACCCGAGCCGACUGGGGAAGAAGGUGAAGACGCGGACAUGGAAUUACCCAAAGUAUAUGAGCCUGUUUUUGACUAUAGCGAAUUACGGGAUCGUUUGGAAAUGUUUCUAUCACAAUUUAACGAGAUGGUUCGAGGAUCCGGCAUGGAUUUGGUUUUCUUCCCUGAUGCUAUGUUACAUCUAGUAAAGAUCUCAAGAGUUAUAAGGCAUCCACGAGGAAACGUUAUGCUUGUAGGUGUCGGUGGUUCAGGAAAACAAUCUCUAACAAAAUUAUCAACAUUCAUCGCUGGGUAUCGCUCUUUCCAAAUUGCUUUAACCAGAUCUUACAACGUAGGUAACUUUCUUGAAGAUCUCAAGUUACUAUAUAGAUCGUGCGGAGUGCAAGGAAAAGGAACUACGUUUAUCUUUACCGAUUUAGACAUCAAAGAAGAAGGAUUCUUAGAAUACUUAAAUAAUAUAUUAUCAUCUGGUGUAAUUUCCAACUUAUUUACUAAGGACGAGCAACAGGAAAUCAUUUCGGAGUUAACCCCUAUUAUGAAACGUGAAAACCAGAAACGAACAUUGACUAAUGAGCUUGUGAUGGAAUAUUUCCUGAACAGAACCUGUCAAAAUUUACAUGUUGUACUUUGUUUUUCCCCUGUAAGUGAAGCAUUUAGAUCUCGAGCACAACGUUUCCCGGCUCUAAUUUCUGGUUGCACCAUUGACUGGUUUCAACCUUGGCCUAAAGAUGCCCUUGUGUCAGUAGCCGACCAUUUCCUCGCAGAAUUCGAAAUAGAGUGCACUAAAGAAGUGAAAAAAGAACUCGUAACAGUACUCGGAACGAUACAAGAUGUAGUAUCUACAGUGUCUGCAGAAUACUUCCAAAGAUUCCGUCGGUCGUCUCAUGUUACUCCGAAAUCAUAUCUUAGCUUCAUCGGAGGAUACAAGACAAUAUAUCAAAUGAAACAGAAAGAACUUGGGGACGGAGCACUACGAAUGGACACCGGUUUAGAAAAAUUGCGAGAAGCGUCAAUUUCUGUAGAAUUUCUGAAAAAAGAUUUAGCUGUAAUGGAACAGGAUCUAGCGUUGGCAUCUGAAAAAGCUGGUCGAGUAUUAACAGAAGUUACCGAAAGAGCAAUGCAAGCGGAAAUAGUAAAGAACCAAGUGCAAAUUGUGAAAGAAAAAGCAGAGGCCCUGGUAGCAUAUAUAGCAGAAGAGAAGGAAAAAGCCGAGAGAAAAUUAGAAGCCGCAAAACCAGCUCUUGAAGAAGCCGAAGCAGCUUUAAAUACCAUCAAACCAGCACACAUUGCUACUGUUCGAAAGCUGGGUCGACCACCACAUCUCAUUAUGAGAAUUAUGGAUUGCGUAUUAAUAUUGUUCCAAAGAAGACUCCACCCUCUCAUUCCUGAUACUGCGGCACCUUGUCCAAAGCCAUCAUGGGCGGAAUCAUUGAAGAUGAUGGCUAGUACAACCUUCUUGCUGCAACUACAAAACUAUCCAAAAGACAUAAUCAACAAUGAAAUGGUGGAACAUUUGGUUCCAUACUUCGAGAUGGAGGACUACAAUAUGGAUACAGCGAAGAGAGUUUGCGGUGAUGUCGCUGGUUUGCUAUCUUGGACUAAAGCUAUGGCCUUUUUCCAUAGUGUCAACAAAGAAGUGUUACCGCUUAAAGCCAAUUUGAUGUUGCAAGAAGCCAGAUUGAAACUAGCCAUGGAAGAUUUAGCGAAUGCAGAAAGGCAACUGGAGGAACGUGAGAUGUCACUUCGAAAAGUAAAAGAACAGUACGAAUCUGCUGUGUCCGAAAAACAACAACUUACCGAUGCUGCAAACGUAUGUCUUAGAAAGAUGACAGCCGCUACCGCACUCAUCAAUGGAUUGGGUGGCGAGAAAAUCCGGUGGACACAACAGAGCAAGGAUUUUAAGGAACAAUUAGGGAGACUUGUUGGUGACGUGGUUUUAGCAACUGGUUUCUUAUCCUACUGUGGACCCUAUAAUCAAGAAUUCCGGAACAGUCUCCUCGACACCUGGAUGGAAAUCUUAAAAACUAAGCAAAUACCUGUUACCGAUAAUUUGAAUAUUACUAACAUGUUAGUAGAAAAUGCAACAAUAUCAGAAUGGACGUUGCAAGGACUUCCAAACGACGAUUUGUCGGUGCAAAAUGCUUUGAUUGUGACCAAAGCUAGUUCAUAUCCAUUGUUAGUAGAUCCACAAAGUCAAGGGAAAAAUUGGAUCAAAAACAAAGAGAGCACAAACGAACUCCAGAUCACGUCACUAAAUCAUAAAUAUUUUAGAACACAUUUAGAAGACAGCCUUUCUUUAGGAAGACCCCUUUUAAUUGAAGAUGUAGGUGUUGAACUAGACCCGGUCAUUGAUAACGUUUUAGAAAAGAACUUUAUAAAAUCAGGUUCAAUAGAGAAAGUAAUCGUAGGUGACAAGGAAUGUGACGUGAUGCCCGGAUUCAUGUUGUAUAUUACUACAAAGCUACCAAACCCCGCAUAUUCACCUGAGAUAAGUGCAAAAACUUCCAUCAUAGACUUUACCGUCACAAUGCAAGGUUUAGAAGACCAGUUGUUAGGUAGAGUAAUAUUGAUGGAGAAAUCGGACUUGGAAGAAGAAAGAGUGGCACUCUUUGAAUCCGUUAUGAGAAACCAAAGAAGUAUGAAAGAAUUAGAAAGUAACUUACUGUGUCGCUUAACAUCUUCGGAAGGGUCUUUAGUGGAUGACGAAGCACUUAUUCAAGUAUUGCAAAUUACUAAGACAACAGCUGAGGAAGUGAAUGAAAAACUGAAAGUAGCAGAGGUCACUGAAAAAAAAAUUGUAAAAGCGAGAGAAGAAUUUCGGGCAGUUGCAGCUAGAGGGUCGAUUUUAUAUUUCUUAAUCGUCGAAAUGAGUAACGUCAACCUAAUGUAUCAAAAUUCUUUGAAACAAUUUUUAACUAUUUUCGACAACUCAAUCACAAAAUCUACUAAAACUAAUAUUACGGAAGAAAGGAUCAAUAUUAUAUUGAAGUAUUUAACUCACGAAGUUUGGGCUUUUACAUUACGCAGUUUGUACGAAAGACAUAAAGCUUUGUUCACUUUAAUGCUGGCAAUGAAGAUCGAUUGUCAACGUGGUCUUAUUUCUCAUGAUGAGUUCAUGGCGUUUGUGAAGGGAGGUGCGUCAUUGGAUCUAAAUGCUGUGACACCGAAACCUUUCAGAUGGAUAUUAGACAUAACAUGGCUAAACUUAGUUGAGAUCAGUAAAUUAAACACCUUCUCGGAUGUACUUAGUAGGAUAUCAUCAAACGAGAAGGAAUGGCGAAUUUGGUACGAGAAAGCAAAGCCGGAAGAAGAAGUUUUGCCCAGUGGAUAUCAGGAAAGUCUUGACGUAUUUCGAAAACUACUUCUCAUCAGAUCUUGGAGUCCAGAUCGGACAUUGUCACAGGCCAGAAAAUACAUCGUUGAUUCGCUUGGACCAGAAUAUGGCGAAGGACGGAUAUUAAACUUAGAAGCGACUUGGGAAGAAUCAGAACCACGCACUCCACUCAUUUGUAUAUUGUCAAUUGGCUCUGAUCCUUCCACACAGAUCGGAGCUCUUGCGAAAGCCAAAGAAAUUCCUUUGAAAGCAGUGUCAAUGGGACAAGGACAAGAAAUAGUAGCCAGAAAGAUGAUCUCAGACUCAAUGAGUGAAGGCGGGUGGGUACUACUCCAAAACAUCCAUCUUUCACUACCCUUCUGCGUUGAAGCUAUGGACGCUCUCAUAGAAACUGAACACAUUCAAGACUCCUUUCGACUGUGGCUGACCACUGAAGUGCAUACAGAUUUUCCUAUAGGGUUAUUGCAGAUGGCUAUAAAGUUCACUAACGAACCACCUCAGGGUAUCCGAGCCAGUAUGAAGAGAACCUACCAGAAUAUCACACAGGAUACUUUAGAUUACUCUUCAUUGCCUCAAUGGCCGCCACUUCUAUACGCUGUGGCGUUUUUGCAUACAAUCGUACAGGAAAGACGUAAAUUCGGUCCCUUGGGCUGGAAUAUACCUUACGAGUUCAAUCAGGCAGACUAUGCAGCCUGUGUACAGUUUAUACAAAAUCAUCUCGACGAAAUCGAUCCAAAGAAGGGCAUUUCAUGGCCAACCAUUUGCUACAUGCUUGGAGAGGUACAAUACGGCGGUCGAGUUACGGAUGAUUUUGACAAACGGCUCCUGACCACUUUCACAAACGUUUGGUUUUGCGACGUGUUACUAAGACCUGGUUUCGAGUUUUACAAAGGCUACAAAGUGCCUCAAACCAGAAAUCUACAAGGGUACAUCGACUAUAUUAAUCAAUUGCCCCUUACGGACACUCCUGAAGUAUUUGGUUUACACAGUAACGCUGAUAUUACGUACCAAAUCAACAGUGCGAAGGAUAUAUUGGAUACAAUCCUGAGUGUGCAACCGAAGGAAGGUGGUUCUCAGGGGGGCGAGACCAGAGAAAGUAUUGUGUACAGAUUAGCGGAAGACAUGUUAGAGAAAUUACCUAAACAGUACGUUAGUUUUGAAGUGAAAGAAGCACUUCAAAAGAUGGGUGCUUUUCUACCUAUGAAUAUUUUCUUGAGGCAAGAAAUCGAUCGCAUUCAGCGCGUAAUCAGAACAGUGCAGUCCACGUUAUGUAACCUUAAACUGGCUAUUGACGGGACCAUCGUCAUGAGUCAGGGUUUACGUGACAGUCUGGACGCCAUGUAUGAUGCCAGGAUACCAUCGCAGUGGCUUAAGGUAUCCUGGGAGUCGGCUACACUGGGCUUUUGGUACACGGAGCUGCUAGAACGCGAACAACAGUACCGAAUAUGGCUGCGCAACGGUCGCCCCACCACCUUCUGGAUGACUGGCUUCUUCAAUCCCCAGGGUUUUCUCACUGCUAUGAGACAGGAAGUGACACGAAGUCACAAAGGUUGGGCGUUAGAUUCCGUGGUACUGCAAAACCACAUCACUAAGUUGAACCGUGAAGACGUGCACGAAGGGCCUGCUGAGGGGGUCUACGUCUACGGACUCUUUCUAGAAGGUGCAUCGUUAGACAGAAAAUUAGGCAAGUUGAUAGAGUCCAAGCCUAAAGUGCUGUACGAGCAAAUGCCGGUUAUCUACAUCUACGCGAUCAACACUACUGCCGGCAAGGACCCGAGGCUCUACGAAUGCCCUAUAUACCGCAAACCUCAACGCACCGAUGCCAAAUACGUGGGGUCCAUCGAUUUUGAAACAGACUCGAAUCCCAGGCAUUGGACCCUACGUGGUGUAGCCCUACUCUGUGACAUCAAAUAGAGAUGGCUUGUUUCUAAGCCGCAAUCACAAAACUUUUGCUUAUAUAGAUGGCUUAUCUCUAAGUUGCAAUAACAGAAUGUUUCCUUUUUUGGCUCGUCUCUAGCCGCAAUCACAGAAUUUUUGCUUAUUGAUGGCUUGUCUCUGCCAUAAUCGCAAAAUGUUUGCUUAUUAAAGGAUAUUACUUAGGUUUUCGCAAUUGCUACACAUAAAUAAUAAAAUAAAUAAAUAUCAAACAACAUCACAUAAGUUGCUCUGGUCCCAAACUAAGUAGCUAAAGAAAGCACUUUGUGUUACGGAAAUCGGGAACAACGACGGUACCACCAACACCCAGAUCAGAGACAAUAUAUACAAAAGUUAGUGUCUACACUGACCCGGCCAGGAAUCGAACUCGGGACCUCAGAGAUGGCGACACCAUGAAAUCCGGUGUGCAAGCCACUCGACCACAGAGGCCGUCAAACAUUGGAAAUGAAACCGCUUUUCACAAAUCCUCCAUCACGUGACGAAAAGACCUGUAGAGCCCUUGGCGUUUUGUUUGAAGAAACGUUAUCUAUAAGCGAUUUACAUCCUAAAAUAUAGCUUCA